GUUCGCAAUCCUUCACAGACAAAGUCCAACUACGUUGGACAAAUCUCAUUAGUUCUUUUCUCGAGGUUUUCGUUGCCCUUGGAAGCGGGACCGCGAGCGCAACAUCAUGGAAAUUAGCAUAGUGGUACCUGGUUUGAGCUGUGUGAUCGAUGGAAAAUGACUCCAGAAGAUGAGGGGGGAGAAGAUCAAAUCAAAGAUGAAGAGGUUUGGGCGUGUUUGACGCCAGCUGAUUUGGAGAUCGACCUUGAAGAUUUGGAAGCAGACGACCCUUCAUGUGCAGAACAUGCAGAGCUGGAACAAGUUCUUGGAAAAAUGACAGCUGAUAGCUGAGUUUUAAGGCAAACAAGUCACGACACCGAUGGCACCUGCACUUGAAAAAUGCUAAUUCACGAGACUCGUCUGAAUUUUUGCAGUUUCAAGGUGAUUUGUCUUCCCUUCUCAACCAGACCUGCUGAGGCUUUUGCCUCAGGGAACUCUGACGCCAUUGCCUCAGGAUUGCAAAAGCUUUGUGCAGAAGCGGAGAUGCUCCAGUUUAACCUGGCUGCGAUGGUGGCCAAGGUGGCGUGCGGCUGCUUGGGCCAGAACGAGAGAACGGACAAGGAUUUCUUCAUGCACGAUAUUCUUGGUCCAGAUGUGCAGGCCAAGCUGCCAUUAGUGAAGCUGCCAUGGCCCAGUGCGGCCCAGAGCCUUGCAGAGUACGAGCAACGCCUGGCUGUGCUGCCUGAAUGUAUGGCUGUCACACGUGAGCUGCACCUGGCGCUGGACAAGGUGGAUCCUCGUCAAGAUGCAAAAGACAUCAAUCGUGACACCUUGGAGGUGAAUGGCCUUCAAGUCUUUGGGGCACAGGGUGGCUACCAAGCUGCAGUUGAUGCUGUUGCUCAUGCUCUGGAUGCAGAUGGAUCACAGACCCAAGCGCAACUUUUGUUGAGCCUUCUAAACCGAACUACCUCUGGCUUUGUGGCAUUUGAGGAAGUUCUUAGGCUAUUGGAUGGCCCAGAGGUGGUGAUUUCACCCGAGAGUGCCAAAGCAAGGCCUCUUGAGCUUGCGAUUACUUGUGAUGAGCACUGGGUGGCACUGGGCCGAGCACACACUCGCUAUGCCGUGCAUCGGUCAGAUGCUUCGGGGUGUUUGGCUGCUGUCGACGCCUUUGUUUGCUUUCGACUUUCAUCCCAAAUGCUGCACUUGGCGCAAACCUCUGAGCUGAAGGUCCCUGCCACUGUUUUGAUGUACAGGUCUGGUGCUAACACAACAUGAGCGAGCCAAAAAGAUUUGUGCGAU